AUGUUAAAGUUUUAUUGUUUUUUCAGCAUUGUCAUUACAUUAGGAGCAAUUUACAAUUCUUUUAAUGUACAUAAGCAAUUUUACCCAUCGGUUUUAUAUCUAAGCACUAAUAAGAUAAAUAGAUCUAUACUUUUGAAUUUUAUUGUAAUGAUUGUUUCCACGUUUAUUAUGACAUUUUUAAGAAUGAUGUUUGGAGAAUUAAAGGAAAUAGAAAAGAUCUCUGUGAUAGAUAAAACAAAGAAGAAAAUUUUGGAAGUAGCAUAUUUAUUAUUCUUUUUUUAUCAUUCAUUAGAUUGGUAGUUUAUAUUUUUGAUUUUUUGGUUGAUGGCAUUAUCAAUAAUUCAUUGGAUCGCAAUAAAAAGAGCUGGGUUCCUGAUUGCAGAAUCGUAGAUUAAUUUUCGAGACAAUGUUAAACUAUUAUUAACAUUCAUCUUGCUGUUUGUUAUUGAUAUCAAAAUAAGUCUAUAUUUUUUUUAUGGAACAGAAGAGAAAUUUUAGAAUAUGUUAUUAGGUUUUGAAUUCAUUCUUUUGCCAAUUCGAAUUGCUUUACCAUUUAUAAAACAUGUGGUCAAUCUAUUUGAGAUCCUUACUCUUUCAUAAUUCGACACUAAGGCAAUUAUCUUCUGUGGACUUGAUGUCUUAAAAACGCUUUUCAAAUUGGGUGUUUAAAUUCUGCUUUUUCAAUACGUGUUGAACAGUCAAGGAUUUUUAUUGAUAUUAUUUGUCGAUGGCGUUGAAAAUGCAUAUGCUAUGUUUAAUAAAAUAAAAGUCUUUUAUAAUUAAGUUAAAUUAAUCAGAAUGAUUGAAAGGAUAUAAGAUGUAGAAAAAAUAGAUUCGCAUGAUUCCACUUGUUUAAUAUGUCUGAAUGAAUUAGAAAACGGUAAAAAAUUAUCUUGCGGUCAUAUAUAUCAUAAGAGUUGUUUGAAAACUUGGAUAGCAGGAAAUUCAAAUCAAUUUUGUCCAAAAUGCAAAAAGCCAAUUCAAUUGGAAGAGAUCAAAAUUGAAGGUAAUGAUUCAAAGACAAAAAUUUUGAAAAAACAAAUAUUAUUAUAAGAAUUGAGUGAGAUUCGAAGCAACAUUUAAUUAUUAAAGAUUUUAAAUUAAUGUCGCAACAUUUAAAAUCACAUAUAGUACAAUUAAGGAAUUGGAAAUACUUAAUAUGCUUUACCUUGUGAAGCCUUGCAAUAGUACUCUGGAGUGACAGAAAUCAAGAGAUUGUAAAUUAAUUAUAUGAAUAAAAUUAUGAAUGGAAUUGAUAAGGGAAUAAUUGAAAAUCAUUAAAUACCUAAAUGA